AUGGAGUUGUUGAAGCAAACAAUUUAUUUCUUACUUUUUAUCUUCUUUUGUUUCCAUUUUGUUCAAGCCGUGCCUCGCAUAUCCAGUCACAAAGAAGUCUUAGACAUUGUGUCGUUCGUGAGGCCCCGGGUGUUGCUGCCAGCCAUGCCGAAACCCAAGCAAACAUCAGCAUCCCCUGAAGCCACUACUCCUAAACGGAGAACUAAGAGAAUUACCAAGAAUUUUAUACCGCGGCAGCGCAGAACUACAUUAUCACGACAAAUACAAAUCAUUCUAUCCCAACUACAAAAAGGCAAGGUUUUGAGACAAAGUGAAAAUUACCACGUGUUAUUGCACAAGUUGAAAAAUGACUUCAUGGCUGCGAGGAAACAAGGACAUCGCACAGAAUAACCAGUUUUAAACAUA